AUGAAUUGGGACAAAAUAACAUACACCCCCUACACCGUGGCCAAGGCUAAAAAAAACACCAUCUACCAAUUCAUUGCCACCACCAUCUUCCUGGCGUCACUUACACUUGCCCGAUCACAACCACCGGCUGCCGCCACAAUUCAAGUGGUAACACUGCAGGCGGCACCUCCUCUGGGACCCGAUUGCCUUGAACCUCUAGCCAACUUGGCCGACUGCCUUACCUACGUGGAGGAAGGGAGCAGCUUGACUCAACCAGAAUCCCCUUGUUGCCCUGAGAUAUUGCACUUGAUCAACACCAAUCCGAUUUGUUUGUGUAAGCUUCUUGCUAACUCCACCGAAUUCGGGCUCUCGGACGUCAAUGUAACUAGAGCCCUCGUGUUGCCUUCUACUUGCAAAAUCAAUGCUACUUCGCCUACCGCUUGUCAAGGUAUGAUUACGCAAUAA